AUGUGGAUACAAUGCCUGAACCAUCAAAAUCCUUAUGGUGCAUCCGACCGAGCAUGCUGGAGUGAAGGGUUUGAUAUCUCGACCAACUAUUAUGAAAAGGUGCCAGACACUGGCGUCGUUCGUGAGUACUGGUUUAAUAUCGAGAACACAACAGCUGCACCUGAUGGAGUUGAAAUGCCUGUACAGCUCAUCAAUGGAUCAUUCCCUGGUCCAACUAUCAUUGCUGACUGGGGUGACACUGUCGUUGUUCAUGUGAAGAAUUCUCUUCAGAACAAUGGUACUGGUCUUCACUUUCACGGCAUUCGGCAAAACUGGACUGAUGCAAUGGACGGUGUUCCUAGCAUCACUCAGUGCCCUAUUGCGCCCGGGGACUCUUACACCUAUCGCUGGCGUGCUGUUGAGUAUGGGACAGGAUGGUAUCACUCACACUUCUAUGUUCAGGCAUGGGAUGGGGUUUUUGGUGGGAUCCUCAUCAAUGGUCCAGCAACUGCCAACUAUGAUAUUGACCUUGGACAUGUUUUCUUGAAUGACUGGUAUCACGCUACUGCAGACCAACUUGUCCUACAAGCUUCGACGGGUGGGCCUCCUACCGCUCCCAAUGGAUUGAUCAAUGGAACCAACACCUGGGGGGACAAGGGAUCUCGUUUCACAACCACAUUUGAAGCAGGCAAGAAGUAUCGAAUGCGGCUCGUCAAUGCCGGCGCCGACCAACACUUUCGGUUUAUGAUUGACAAUCACACCAUGGAGGUGAUUUCGAAUGAUUUUGUGCCUAUUGUGCCAUUCACCACCGACCAACUGAGUAUAGGCAUGGGCCAACGAUAUGACGUUAUCGUCACUGGAAAACAGCUCACUAGUGGAAAUUUCUGGCUGCGAGCCAUCCCCCAGUCAGCCUGCUCUGAGACAGAUGCGACGGACCUCGUCAAGGGAAUCAUUCGUUACGAUAACUCCUCAACCGCAGACCCGACAACUUCUGAGUACAGCUAUACCGACUCAUGUGCCGAUGAAGACCCAUCGAAUCUCGUGCCAUUUCUAGCUUUGAAUGCUUCUAGCACUUAUGCAUACAACAAAGAGGAGGAUGUAGAGGUUCAGGUGACUGAUAAUGCGAUGCUCUGGUUGAUGAACAAGACUUCUUUCCGAACCCAGUGGGAGUAUCCAACUCUGUUGCAAGUUGCGGAGGGCAACCGAACCUGGCUUGCCAAGCAGCGAGUGAUUCAUCUUCCUGGCGCAGAUAAGUGGGUCUACAUGGUUAUUCACUCUCCGUUUGCUCAGGAUCACCCAAUGCACUUGCACGGCCAUGACUUCUGGGUUCUUGCUUCAGGUUCUGGUAACUUUGAUUCUUCUAUGACGGACGGCUUGACUUUGGUCAAUGCCCCCCGAAGAGAUGUGGUUAUGCUACCUGCUAGUGGGUACGUGGUAAUUGCCAUGAAGACAAACAAUCCUGGUGUUUGGCUCAUGCAUUGUCAUAUCGCUUGGCAUACUUCGGAGGGAUUUGCAGUUCAAAUUCUUGAACGUGCGCCAGAGAUCAAGUUCAAUUAUGAGACUCUUAACUCCACAUGUGCUAACUGGCAGCGAUAUGUCUCGUCAGAUGACGUGACUCAGUACGACUCGGGCGUCUAA